AUGGCCCUACCCUUCGGAUUUACGCCUUUGGAGGCGCAGACCUACUUGAUCCUGACCAUCUGCUGGGUCAGUAUCGUGGUGGUGAACCAGCUCGAGCAGCCCUAUGCGAGGUCACUCGUGCAGUGCGACGUCCCCGUCAACACGACUGAAGGUGCCGAGUUUUCCGGAUCGCAGUACUGCGGGCACCGGCUUCACGUGAUUGGCGCAGGGGCAGAGAUCUCCGGAUGGGGGCAGAGCCUGGAGAACGUGGGCCGUGUCGCGAUCACUCUGUUUGUUAGUGGCUUCGCCGACUACGGGCGCAAACGCGCAGCCCUUGUCGGUCAGUUUCUGAUCACGAUGUCCACAGUCCUGCUCUUUGCCUGCAGACAGAAACGGAAUUCCAGCACGGACUAG